GCUCCUCUCGCUGCGCAGCUGCUCCCGGCCUCUGUCCCGCCGCCGCCGCGCCCCGCCGCGCCCCCCGGCCGCCAAGAUGACCGUCAAGCUGGACUUCGAGGAGUGCCUCAAGGACUCGCCCCGCUUCAGGGCUGCCAUUGAGACAGUGGAAACAGAAGUGUCUGUGCUGGAGACGCAGCUGGAGAAGCUGCUGAAGCUCUGCACCACCAUGUUGGAGUCGGGGCGACAGUAUUCUGCCCACAGCAAGAACUUUGUGUCGGGCGUUCAGGAGCUGUCGCAGAAUUCCCAGGGGGACUCCAUGAUGAGCGAGUGCUUAGAAAAGUUUUCUGAGAGCUUCAACAAAAUGAUCGGCAGGCAUGAGGAGCUUCUGGACACAACACAACAAUCCUUCAAGCAACAGCUGCAGAGUUUGGUGAAAGAAGACAUGAAGCAGUUCAAGGAGACCCGUAAGGAGUUUGAACGCAGCAGCGAAACCCUCUCCAGUGCCCUGCACCAUAAUGCCGAGGUGCCCCGGCGGCGCCACCAUGAGGCCGAAGAGGCCGUGCUUGCGCUGAAGGUUGCCCGCACUGCAUUCCGUGCUCGAGCCCUUGACUACGUCCUCCAGAUCAACGUGAUCCAGUCGAAGAAGAAAUUUGAGAUCCUGAAGUUUAUGCUGACCUUCAUGGAGGCUCAGUCCUCCUACCUCGAGCAGGGGUUCCGUGUGGUGAAAGAGCUGGCACAGUAUCGCAAGGACCUGGCAGCACAGCUCCAUCAGCUGGUUCUGGAGUCGGCCCGGGAAAAGCGGGACAUGGAGCAAAGGCACACGAUGAUCAAGCAGAAGGACCUGUCGCAGGAGGAUGCGGUUCCCGAGCUCCGGACAGAGCCAGGUGUGGCAGUGAUGGAAGGGUACCUGUAUAAGAGGGCCAGCAAUGCCUUCAAGACGUGGAGCAGGCGCUGGUUUUCCAUACAGAGCAACCAGCUGGUAUAUCAGAAAAAGGCAAAGGAUGCCUUGACCGUGGUGGUUGAGGACCUCCGGCUCUGUACCGUGAAACCGUGCCCGGAUCACGAGCGGCGCUUCUGCUUUGAAGUGGUUUCGCCCUCCAAGAGCUGCCUCCUCCAAGCGGACUCAGAGAGGCACCAGCAGGCCUGGGUGUGCGCGGUUCAAAACAGCAUCGCCUCGGCUUACAACGAAGAGCACCCAGAGCCGCCCCUGGGGCAGCAGCCACUGGAGCGAGCCGCGUCUCUCUCUGCAGCCAAGCUGCAGUCCCCCUUGGGCCGGAGGCUGCGGGGCAGCACGGACAAGCACGUUGUGGAUCAGGUGCAGCGGCUGGAGGGCAACGCCCAGUGCUGUGACUGCCGGGAGCCUGCGCCCGAAUGGGCCAGCAUCAACUUGGGCAUCACGCUGUGCAUCGAGUGCUCUGGCAUCCACAGGAGUCUCGGCGUCCAUUUCUCUAAGGUGCGAUCGCUGACACUGGACUCUUGGGAGCCUGAGCUUGUGAAGCUGAUGUGUGAAUUGGGAAAUCGUGUCAUCAACCAGAUUUAUGAAGCGCGGGUGGAGGAAAUGAACAUCAAACGCCCCCAGCCUGGCUGUUCCCGGUUGGAGAAGGAGGCAUGGAUCCGGGCCAAGUACGUGGAAAAGAAGUUCAUCACCAAGUUUCCUGAAGUUCGGGUGCAGCUGAGUCGGGGUGGGGUUGGGCGUGGGCCCGAGAAGCCCCCCAAACCAUGCCCCAAACCGAAACCUCCCCAUCUGGCUCGGGGGAGUGCAGGCACCAGCCCAGGCAAUGCGUCUCCUGUAGCAGGGCCACGGGAGGGGGUGGCAUCGGGAGCAGUGGCUGCUGUGGAAGAUCUACACAGUUUGCACCCGGGGCCACUACUGUACCGUGCAGCUGGCGCACCCCCCAGCUUGCCCACUAUGGCGGAUGCCCUGGCCCACGGUGCUGACGUCAACUGGGUCAACGUGGCUCAAGAGAGCCGCACGCCUUUGCUACAGGCAGUGGCUGCGAAUUCUCUUUUGGCCUGUGAAUUCUUGCUGCAGAACGGAGCCAGCGUCAACCAGGCGGACAGCAAGGGCCGGGGGCCCCUUCACCAUGCCACCAUCCUGGGUCACACGGGGCUGGCCUGCCUGUUCCUCAAACGUGGUGCCAACAUGAGUGCGGUGGACGAGGAAGGGAAGGACCCGCUCUCCAUCGCCAUUGAUUCAGCCAACGCGGACAUUGUGACUUUGCUGCGGUUGGCCAAGAUGCGUGAGGUGGAGCUGGCCCAGGGCCAGGCGGGUGACGAAACGUACCUCGACAUCUUCCAUGACUUUUCCCUCAUGGCCUCCAACGACCCUGAUAAGCUGACCCGCCGCAGCUAUGACCUGAAGCUCACCACCUUGUGACAAGAGCGGGCACUUUGUUGGGCUUGUGAAAACAGAAGAUGUCAGGGAACAUCAGCGGCCUGCCAUCCAAGCGUCUGGCCAAGGCAGCCAGGGGAGGCCCCAAUUCUGGACUGCCUGAAGAGUGUCUCUGCCGUGGCCAUCUUGGUGACUUUACAGAGCAUGAAGAAGGGGCUGGUUGGACAAUGGGGGGGUGCACGUGCCAACGAAGGGCUGUGCUUUCCGAAUGCCUCGCUUUGGACUCUGUGCCACUAGUGCCCUGCCUGAGCUUUAUUUAUUACUCUCUGCUGGGAUGCUGUGCGCCGGCCUGGCUGUUGAUGGACUGAUCGUGGGGCUGAUUUCGUGGCCGGUGCUUUUUCUCCUGCCCAGCAUCCUCUCUGGCUUCACUUUUGUGCGGAAUGGGGCUUCCUGGACCCAGAGGAGGCUGUGUAGAGGUCGAGAGACAGAGCCUGGCGUUCAUGCUAGACUGCUGUUGCAAAGGGCAGAAACGGGGGUUCUGGUCUUGGAGAUGAUGACGUAAAUAAAGUUUUCCACACAU